GUGUGCUAGGCGGGUAACGCGUUGUUCUGCGGUCUGUUCUUGCAGCACACGGUCUGUUCUUGGCUACUUUUAUCGAAAACAUUUUGACAGGCUAUAUUCGCCUAAUGCCGGAGUACAGUAGCUACUGAGCGUUGCUUUUACUUUAAUGUAAACUUUCAGCGUAUCCUACUGUUUUUUUAUUUAUUAAUUUCAUUUUUUUAUCACUGUCACUCUAAAGAAGCACUCCGGCAUAAAUCAGGCUUUUUUUUAUUGUUUCCGAAACAGGAAGUUUUCAACGGUUGUCCGCCCGCCUUAGCUAAUUAUUUUGUCACAAUCGACUGAGAUUAAAAUUCUCGUGACAGCCGAUCUUCCUGGAGCUGAAGGACCAAAUAACCUAGUGUCAUGGAAUUGUCGUGGAAAGUAGCUGUCUGUGUUUGUAUUUGAUGUAUUUUCAGAGUUCACUGAAAAUUUCAUUAUUAGUUGCCAUUCCGUCGGUAGGCAGGACUAAAUGGUUUAAAGGCGAUAAUGCGAGGUAAUUACAGUGGCGUAAAAUUUAUCGGGAAUUUACUGAACUAUCAACCAACAUCUCAGAAGAAUGCGUUUCUGUGAAGCACAUCACGCCUGGAGCACUUAAAAGGUUUUCUUUCGCCGCAGUCAUCCCAGGCUGCGGACCUCGAUUGCAUUGUUGUAGGCUCCUGCCACGCGGAUAAGACGCGGCACGGCAAAGAUUCUUGGCAUUAUUAUUCAGGACUGAUUCAGACAGUCUCCCCAGGUACAGUAGGCCUAUCUGAAAUUCCAGUACUUCCAGCUAAACUCUGUGGACCUGCCUUAAAAUUAUGGACGUGUAUGAGGAGGCACUGGACUACCUGCGCACAUGUGGUAUCACUGUAACAGCAGAGAUGGAACCUGAUCUAUUGGAUGAUGUUUUUGAAGUGGAGACUGAAGUGGACUUUGCACCCAGCCCUCUCCACACUGACAGCAUCGACUUCCCUGACACACCUACGGACUGCGGCCCUGAGAUGAUGCUGGAGAGGAGGCUGGUAGUCCUCACGAGUAUCUUGACCAGUGAAGAGCUGUAUCUGAGUGAGCUGGAGACACUACUGACACCCAUGAAGGCACUGAAGGCUACAGCCGGCACCUCCCAGCCAGUGCUGUCCACCCAGCAGGUGCGCACGGUGUUCUUCCAGGUGCCGGAACUGCGGGACCUGCAUAAGGAGUUCUACACCACGCUGAGGGCCAGGCUGGAGCCGGCACAGGGGCAGGAGACACAGGGGGGCACACAGCCACCCCCGGUGGGGGACCUCUUCCUGAGAAUGGUCAGUCAGUUGGGAGUGUACCGUGGCUUCAUUGAUAACUACGAGAGUGCCGUGGAGAUUGUGAGGAAGUGCACCCAGACAGACCAGCGCUUCAGGACACUGGCAGAGAGUAUGAUGUCUUGUAAAGGGUCAGACAACUCCAAGACAACAUACACGUUUGAAGCUCUCCUAUAUAAGCCUUUGGACCGUGUGACAAAGACGACCCUGGUGUUGCAUGACCUGCUGAAGCACACGCCCCUGAACCACCAGGACCACGCCGUGCUGCAGGAGGCACUUCGCAUCUCCAGCAGCUUCCUGUCGGGAGUCAACGAGGAGUCCCAGUGCAAGAGGGCUGUGACUCUCAGCACGGGCAUGAGACGGCAGCUAAUACGAGAUGGGUUCGUGGUGGACAUAUGCGAGGGGGGGCAGAGCAUGCGACAUCUCUUCCUGUACACGGACCUGCUGCUGUGCGCCAAGCUGAAGGGUGGCUCAGCUGGGAAGCAGGCUUAUUACAGGUUCAGCUGGUACCUGCCGCUGGCCGGACUGCGGGUGCACUGGGCUCAGGAGCAGGAGCUGUCAGCAGACUUGCAGUUCCGGGUCAGCACCAUGAGGGACAAAAUGUUCCAGCUGAGACAUGAGCUCAGACAGCAGGGGAGUUGCAGCAAAGCCCAGUGGUCCCGUACCCUGGAGCGCAGCCGCAGGAAGCUGCAGCAGGUUGAACUGUGGCUGUUGACCCACUCACCUCUCCUCUCCCUGGAGCUGCACAGCCCAAACGGCAAGAGCCACACUCUCGGGUUUUCUUCAAUGUAUGAGCUGGAGGGCUGGAGAGAGGCCAUUGAAAAACUGAAAGGAGAGAACUUAGAAACUGUCCCCCCAGACUUGCUGACCCUCACCAGCUCCUGUGCCAAACUAAGAAUGACCCAGCAUCCACAUCUUCAAAGCCUUGUGCCUGCCUCUGCGGACCAAGCUCUCUGUGGCACCCUUAGCGUUGCUGUUCACUCUGCUUGUGGACUUGAGCAACCUGCAAGUCUGUACAUAUGCUUGGAAGUGGACGGAUACAGGUUUUACGACAACAGGGCCCAGACCCAUCCGUCUCUCAGCAGCCCGACACCGCAGUGGGAUGAGGAGCUUUCCUUAGAGGUGGACGAUGCACAGUGUCUCAGGGUGCUGUGUGUAAUGCAAGAGUGUGAGAAGAGUAGACAGGUGGACAGGAUCCAGGGCAGAAGCUCCAUACAGCUGGAUCCCACCACGAUGCUGAUGAAAUGGAGGAAGUACAUGGUAUCUAUGAACCAGAUAGAGGUACAUCUGUCCCUCAAGUAUUCGCCCCAUCCCCUGGUGCCCCCCAGCCAGGUCCCUGUCCAGCAACAGCCGGUCUUUAAUAUUCCCAUUGGAGUUUUAGCACAGCAGGAGGGGGUGCUGGUACCCCACAUCGUGCGCUCCUGUAUAAAGGACGUGGAGCUCAGGGGCCUGGAGGAGGUGGGCAUCUACAGGAUUUCUGGGGCUGCCAGCGACAUCCAAUCUUUGAAGAGCAGCUUUGACACGAAUUUGCGCGAGGCUAUGUCCCGGCUGCGGUCCAUGGAUGUGAACGCCGUGUCUGGAGUGCUCAAGCUGUUUUUUCGGGAACUUCCAGAACCCCUUAUCCCGAGAGAGCAGUUCCAGAGCCUGUCUGAUGCCCUGGCUAUUCCUGACCUGAGCUCCAAGAUGCAGUCCAUGUGUAGCAUACUGCAGGCCUGCCCUGAUGUUAACCGCAACACCUUCCUCUUCCUCCUGCACCACCUCAGACGGGUGUCAGAAAAACAGGAGAUCAACAAAAUGACACUGAUGAAUCUGGCAACAGUCUUUGGCCCCAGCUUAGUCCGCCCUCCAGAGGUUGUUCUUGGACAGUGCGGCCCACAAGUCGACAUCUCUCAGGAAGUUGUGGUUCAGGUCCAAGUGCUGUACUUCUACCUUCAGUGCAGCAGUCUCCCAGCCCCUAUAACCGCAGUGCCCCUGGACACAGAAGAGGAAGAGGAGAUCACUACAGGAGGGUCUUUGCAUUAGUUGAAGUGUUCUGUUAAGACACAGAGUUUAUUUAUUGUGUUCCCCUCAAAGAGACUUCCCCUCAUUUACAUAAAUGUCCAGAAAGCCUUUUUAAAAUCCUACAGUGAAUUGAUUUGAUCUGCAAGGAAGAACCUGUGUGAGGGACAUUUCAUUAUUAGUCCACAUAUUUAAUUUAAAAAAUUAAAGUGAAUAUUUUUGAAAUCUUCUCAGGCAGACAAUGACUUAUAAGAUGUGUGUUUCUGUGUAUCGAUAUCUAAUCAUUAGAGCAAUGCAGUGUGUUGUUGAUAGCAUCACCGAAUAAAAGAUGCUUAUAACGCU